CCGCUAUAAAAGCCAACUGGCCGAUCUACUUUGUGUUCACACGCGCUUUAACUCUCGCUUUCUACGCUCCGCCAAGAAAAAAAAACGACGAAAUGUUCAAAAUCCUUCCUCUUCUCGUCCUGGCUGUGGUGGCCGCCACUUGCUAUGCCCUUCCCGUGGAGUCCGAGCCCGAGCCUGUGCAAAUCCUUAAGUCCGAGGUCAACAAAAAAGAGGAUGGUGGCUAUGACACCGUCUAUGAAGGAUCUGAUGGAACUAAGCGCGUCGAAGAGGCUUUUGUCGUAGACAAAGGUACCGACGAGGAGGCUUUGGAGGUUAAGGGAUCCUACAAGUACAUCAAUGACCUGGGCGAGGAGGUUGAGGUCUUCUACACGGCGGGAAAGAACGGAUUCGUUCCAUACGGUACAAUUAUUAAUCCAGAAAUCACAGCUGUGGCUGAGGCAGCCAAGGAUUUGCCCAAGGCCGAGAAGGAGGAGAAGUUGUAAGAAGUAUUUUGUGGAAGAGAUCUCGUAAGAUUAAUGGAAAGAGCCAGCGUGUUGUUGCUGGGCAAGCAGACAAAAUAUACGACAAAGAAAUUAUGUUAUAA